AUGGUGUUUUCCUUCAUGUUUAUGGAGGAAAUUCGGCCUCUGCUUCUGCUUUUGGGAUAUCAACUAUCUGAACCUUCUUCUCCCCAUUUUGGUAUCUGGAUGUCAGAUAAUUUGGUGGGAAAAGGAGGGUACGCAGAGGUUUACAGAGGGAUUCUACAAGACGGUCAGGCAAUUGCAGUAAAAAGGCUUUCAAAAUCGUCCUCAAACGAGAGGAAGGAAAAGGAGUUUCUGACAGAGAUUGGGACGUUAGGCCAUGUUUGCCACCCAAAUGUGUCCUCUCUCCUUGGUUGUUGCAUCGACAAUGGUCUCUAUAUCAUUUUCCAGUUCUCCUCUAGAGGCUCUGUGGCUUCUCUUCUCCACGAUGAGAACUUGCCGGCCAUGGAUUGGAAAACAAGGUUCAGGAUUGCAGUAGGAACAGCCAGAGGCCUCCAUUACCUGCAUAAGGGCUGCCCGAGACGGAUAAUUCAUCGCGACAUCAAGGCCUCGAACAUUUUAUUAACUGCAAAUUUUGAGCCACAGAUAUCUGAUUUUGGGCUGGCAAAGUGGCUUCCAUCUCAGUGGACUCAUCAUUCAAUCGUUCCAAUUGAAGGGACUUUUGGGUGCUCAACGCACUUGGCACCGGAAUAUUUUAUGCACGGUGUGGUGGAUGAGAAGACCGACGUGUUUGCUUUCGGGGUCUUUUUGCUAGAAAUAAUCUCCGGGAAGAAACCAGUUGAUGGGUCUCACCAGAGCUUACAUAGCUGGGCAAAGCCUUUACUUAAACAAGGGGAGACCGAAGAGCUGGUAGAUCCAAGGCUUGAAGGGGCCUAUAAUGCUGACCAGCUUAGUAGACUCGCCUUUGCAGCCUCUCUUUGCAUUCGAGCUUCUUCCACUUGGCGCCCUACCAUGAGCGAGGUAACUGCUCGCUACUUUAAUUACAGGAAGAGAUGCUAG